AGAGGCGGUGCGGUCACAGAGGCAGCCUGUCACACAGUUAGUUGUCUCGGUGACGGUAGUGGGCGCAGAUACGGUUCGGCCUGGGCGCUUACUGAACGCAGAGAGAUACUGCUGGCCCGAAGACGGUUCGCCGGCAGUUCCUGACUCAGUGGUGAUUGGGACAGACAUCAUUAGUGUGUCGGCCAGGGACUAGUGUUUGGUUCUGACGCGUUGGAGUUCUGAGUUUCCAGUGGUUCCCGUAGUGCUGCUGAUCUGAGCAACUGCGGUGACGGGCCGCGCGGAACACCAGAAGUGGCUGAGCGGUACCGUUGGUGCUCUGCGGGAAUCAGGACUGGUACAUUCACCAGCCAAGUGGUGCCACUGGUGCCGUCCGAGGGUGGUGCCCGACAUGCGGUGGACGGUGGUGCUAGUCGUCGCUCUGGCGACAGGCGCCGGCGGGCAGUCACUGGCAGACCGAUUCCUGUCGUUCUUCUAUCGGCAAACGUGCGAUGACCUGCGUCACUCCCUGUUUGAGGUGGACACUCUGAGUGACUGCUCCGAGACUCUCGGGUGUCCGCUCAACCAGCACUGCGAACCGUUCACCUGUCAGGGACUGUUCGUGCAUCGGUGCGUGUCCAACUUCCGUAUCGGUGCCUCGUGCCAGCGCGGCGAGCAGUGCAACACGGGCUUCUGUCACCCGACCACCAGCACGUGCCAACCGAGCGAGGGUGCCUGUCCGGAGCAGAUGCUGAACGCGGGCGGCAUCUGCCUGGGACUACCCGCGUUCCGCGCUGCCUCGUGGACAGACGCGCGCGCCGCGUGUCCGGCGCUGUUCGGAGUAGGCGCCGCGCUGGUCUCCCCAAUCAACCGUGUCGAGCAGCAGAACCUACAAACGUUCCUGGUGCUGCGUCGAGCUGCCGAAGAGCAGCCCUACAUCGGCAUAUCCGACCUACAGCGCGAGGGAGAAUUCCUCUUCGACGCCGGCGGCGCCCCGGUGGAGACUUUCAGCGCCUUCCUGGCGGAGGACCUGGCGCUGAACAGUCGCCGGCUCAGCUGCGCCACACACCGGCCCGUGAGGCUCGGGGUCGACCAGAACGGCUGGCAACUCAGUGAGUGUGACGGCAGCAGGAGGUUCGUCUGCCAGGCGGAACCAAGAGUCGGACAGUGAGAGCUGCGUGACGCCGCACUGGCUUAAAUGACUCCUGGCCGUGUAAUCCCCGAUGGGAGAGAACAAAGAACGCCAGGGGUGAAUGCGCCUGCACUAGCCUGUCUCGCAGCUAACGGUGUAGACGUAAACACGAUGAUAGAGCACUGACAUCGGCUUGUGGUGACUUGAAAGACGCAUGGCUGUCCACGAUGAAGUGGCGAUAAAUGAACAGCCACAUCUGUGGUGGCCACCAGGCUCUACGAACGAGCGUGCUCGAUACGAUAUCAUAUGUGCUUUAGUACGUGAGCCCUGCGUGAGACGGUAGAAGGCCAGCAACACGAUCGAGAGUGGAAACAUACAUACACCAGCCUACGAGUGGAAAACGUUCACGACAACGAAGUGAGCUCAAUGCGUUCCGUGGUCACAGGGCAUCGUAUAACAAGCAAUGAGGACAGUGAUGAAUCAUAACCACUAGGCCUAGAUACGGUCAACCGGACAAUGCACGAGACUCCCACGACUU